CAGAGGGAGGUAGAACAGGGAGCUGUAGGCAGUCAUUAUCCCUGCUGGAGAUUGGACUCAUUCACAUGUGAUGCACUCCCUCGGAGACGAAAUCAAAGGGUUCUCUAAGAAUAAACUCAGGAAGCAAUGUACCAGAGUCACAACCUUGUCUGGGAGAAGGAUUAUAGAGACAUGGAAGGACUCUGUGGUACAUGCUGUGGAUGACCCAGACCAGAAAGAUGAGCCAGGAUAUGGCUAUGUACAGGACAUGAGUCUGGACCUGCAGGUUGGGGUUAUAAAGCAAUGGCUCUUGCUUGGAUCCCAAGAUGUUGCUCAAGAUUUGGAUGUAAUGAAAAAAUACAAGGUCACACACAUCUUGAAUGUCGCUUAUGGUGUAGAAAAUGUUUUUCCUGAAGAAUUUACUUAUAAGAAAAUCUCCAUGCUGGAUCUUCCAGAGACUCACCUUGAAUCUUAUUUCCCAGAAUGCUUUGAAUUUCUAGAGCAAGCAAAAAAACAGGGUGGAGUGGUGUUUGUGCAUUGCAAUGCAGGAGUAUCCCGUGCACCAGCCAUCGUUAUUGGUUUUCUAAUGCACUACGACAGACUUAAUUUUGCCAGAGCCUUUUCAGUUGUGAAAAAUGCAAGACCGGCUAUUUGUCCAAACCUGGGUUUCAUCGAACAGCUCCACAAGUACCAAGAGUUCAUUAGGCGACAAGAUGUUGUGCACGAAAAGACAGAUUGCCCGAAAUCGUAACUUUCUUUAUAUUUAUAUUUGAUUCUCAUUAAUAUUCCUCCUUUCUUCUGUUGCAGGAGACAUGUCUUUGGGGAAUGGAAAUGUUUAAUUUUCAUGUUUCAAUUAAACAUUGUUUUUGUUCACUGCAAAGUCUUGGCCAAUAACAUGGCAUAGCUGAAGAGUUGCAAGAGUACACACCUAUAUUAUUAAAGACGGUUUUUAUUUAGCACAGUGCACCUUCAGCUGGAAAUUUGAGCAUAGAUUUUGAUUGUUUUGUGAUUAAAAGUCUUACUCUAAUUAUGUCUCCUUUUUUCAAAUUCUGCAAUUUUAAUUUAGGUUAAAAUAUUACAAUUUAAAAAAAUAAUUUUUAUGUAAG